AAUCUUCUUAUACACAUGAAUGUAAAAGAAAUGUGCUCCCUGCCACCAAUAUCUACCCUAUUGAAUCCCCAACCCUCUAAACCUGAUAAUACCUCACAGCUUGGGAUCGCUAAAGCUAAACCUAAGCCGUAUAUUGAACCUCCGUUGUGUUCUUUAGUGAUUCCCCCUUCACUAGCGUCCAA